CAUAUCGUAUCAGAACAGUCGGGCACUAUCCAUGUCUAGCAAUGGUCAAAAGACAAACCAAGGAGACCCACAUUUUCUCUGCUAUACUCAUAACAUAAGAUGUGGGCAAUUUCACCUUUUGCGAGCUACAGUGGAACCCCAUAACAAGGGACACUACGGGACCAAUGACUUGUAGAGAGGUCGUCCCUAUCUCGGAGGUCAAAUAAUACAUUAAAGUAUUAGCAUGGAGUUGAAACAAGUGUCCUUUGUAGAGAGGUCGUCUCUAUUCUCUAUCUCAGAGGGUCCCUUAUCGGAGGUUCCACUGUAUUAUACAUGGGAAAUUUUAAAACGUUUGAUAC